AUGAAGCAUACAACCAAUUCAUUGCUUCUCAUGCAUACAGAGUUCCUCGUUUUUCUCCUUUUAUUUUCCACCACACUACUCAUUGCCUCUUCUCAAACCAUCGUCGAAACCUUACCUGGAUACCCUGGUCCUCUCCCUUUCAAACUAGAAACUGGGUAUAUCGGGGUAGGAGAAGAUGAAGCUGUUCAGCUAUUUUAUUGUUUUGUUGAGUCAGAAGGAAACCCGGAGGAGGAUCCCCUGAUUGUUUGGCUCGCCGGAGGCCCUGGUUGUGCCACUCUCCGUUCCUUCUUCUUCCAAAUCGGUAAGAUGUCCAUUGGCAUUGGAAAACGAAAUUGA